AGUUUGCUUGGAUGUUCUCUCAGUCAGGAAGCUGAGUAGGAGUAAACGUGCAGGGUUUAAACCCAGUUUCAGGGAGAGUAACAGUUGCUAUCAUAGCAGCUUUUAUCCCCUUCUCUCUCUCAUCCCAGAGUUAAGAUGGUUGAGGCAUUUUGCGCUACUUGGAAGCUGAUUGACAGCCAGAACUUUGAUGAGUACAUGAAAGGAUUAGGAGUUGGCUUUGCUACUCGCCAAGUGGGGAAUGUGACCAAACCAACUGUGAUCAUCAGCCAGGAAGGUGACAAAGUAGUGAUUCGAACACAGAGUACCUUCAAGAACACAGAAAUAAGCUUCAAACUGGGAGAAGAAUUUGAUGAAGUUACUGCAGAUGACAGGAAUUGCAAAUCAGUUGUGAGCAUGGAUGGUGAUAAAUUAGUUCAUGCACAAAGAUGGGAUGGCAAGGAAACAAACUUUGUUAGAGAAAUUAAAGAUGGUAAAAUGGUCAUGACUCUCACCUUUGGUGAUAUUGUUGCUGUUCGCCAAUAUGAAAAAGCAUAAAAUUUGUCAGUUUAUUGUCUGGGGUGUUAAUACUUCUGGAUGAAAGAAGUCUUAAGAGACCAUCUUAAGAGAAAUAAGCAUUGCAUUGCUGAUAUGGAAGGAAAACCAAGUUGGAAAACCAACUUUUUUUUUAACUCUAUGCCAUCAAUUUGGCAACAUUUUGCUCUGUAAAUCGCCACAAAUAAACUUUGCAAUAAA